AUGGAGACACCAAUCCUGAGGAAGAACGGCCAAGAUAAUAUGACUUAUAUUGUAGGCCUAGACUUUGGAACAACCAUGACAUCAAUCUCAUACUACCGAUUUAAGUCAGGCAAGCGUCCUGCAAAAGUACCUCAGAGUCAAAUCAAGGACAUCACCGACUGGCCAUCCGCUGGCCGGGAUCAGCAGAGAGGGGAAGUUCCAAGCGAGAGCCUAUACCUUGACGGCAGCUAUUACUGGGGAUAUCAAGCCCGCCAGAAACUGGAACAGUUUCACUACAGCGGAGGAACAUCAGGUCUGGCCGGCAGACUCAUAAGGUUUACAAAGCUUUUGUUGACCGACGCUGAGUUGAGCGAGGAAGAUGAGACAGACAAUCAACUUCGAGUAGUGAGGGAAACACUCAGGCAUCUGGGUAAAACAGUACAUGAUGCCGUAAAGGAUUACCUGGUUGAAGUAUUCCGGUUUGCAAAGGACUAUCUCACAGACGAGGUGAAUUUCACCGAAUCAAGCGAGGUAGAGCUUUCCCUGUCUGUUCCUGCAGGAUGGCCGAUAGAGGCUUCAUGGUCAUUGCAACAGAUCGUGAGUGAAGCUGCAAACGAAACUACUUUCGGUCAAGUAUCAAGCUUCUUUAUAAUAAACGAGCCAGAAGCUGCUUCUGCAUUUGCAUUGGAUCAUGUGGUUGGGGGUACAAAUGUCUCAAGAGGGGAGACGUUCAUGGUAUGUGACGCCGGGGGAGGCACAGUGGAUGUAACAACCUACACCGUGGGACACAAAAGUCCAUUCAGGCUGACUGAGGCAGUCCCACCCUGCGGAGGAAACUUUGGUUCAACGUGUGUCAAUCGGGCCAUGGAAUCUGAUCUUGUAGAGGAUCUAAAAGAUGAGCCAUGCUUUUCCCAGAACAAAAUAUCGAUGGAGCAUCAGCUUUCUCACAAUCUGUUCCGCAAAUUUGAAAACGACGUGAAACGAAAUUUCGAUAAUGGAGAUGCCCUGCAAGGAGACGCUUAUUUGGAAUUGUACGGGUUGGACGAAAACCCUUCUAAGGGGUUUGGAAGAGGCAUGAUCAUUCUCAAGAGGGACCGGGUCAUGGAAUGGUUUCUGCCAAGCCUCGAAGGCAUCGCAGGUCUCAUCCAGCAACAGCUUGAUGCUUGUGCAAGGAUUGGACUGAGGGUACAGAAAAUCAUCCUUUUCGGUGGUUACGCUCGGUCGAAGACCCUUCAAAGCUUCUUGAGGCAAAAGUUUUCGAGGCAUCCUAAGGUCGUCAGUCCAAAGGCUGGUGUCUUUGAAACGACUGUGUCACGAGGGACGGUAUACCGCGCUAUUGAUAAAAGCAAAGGGCCACUGCGUCAAACUAUUGCGAACAUUGGCAUACUUCAAACUGAGCCAUAUAAUCCCAAGAAAUUUGCGGCCCAUAGAGAGGCUCCACCAGACAGGAACGGUCUUAACAAGAAGAAGUAUGUCUAUGGUACAGUACAGUGGAUCAUAAAAAAGGGACAACUCGCGGACUAUAAUGAAUCGGUCCAGGAGAGUAACCACCGAGUCAUUCCAGUAGAUCAGCCUUGGAAGAUCAAACAAUCCAUCUAUUACAAUCCAUUAAUUGAAAAUCCCCAGGACCACUACCCUGUGGACCAUCCGAAGAAUGCAGGUUCCCGAUGGGCAGACACGGUGAUGUUUGACCUAACCAGCGCGAAAGAACGAUACCCAUUACAAGCAAAGGGUCAAGGAGAUGACAGGCAUUACGAAGUUCACUAUGAGUUAUUGGUGGAGCUUCAUGGUCGCAAUCUGAAGGUUUCAGUAGUAUAUCCUCCCGGAGGGGAAGUCCAGGGUACUAAGGAGAUUGUCGUUGCCGCUUGCUUUCGUCCUGGUACAGAAUAA